AUGCUGCUUUUGAAGACGCUUUUGAGGGAUUCAAACGCCCUUAGUGUCUCCUCGAAGCUCUUUGCUAGAAACUGUGUGUUUAACAAAGGAUGCUCUAAGCUAGCUAGUAAUGUUUCCUCCUGUAUGGCUCAAGUCGGUGUUAGAAAUUAUUCUAUGACUCCUCUUUUCAAGGAAAAAACUAGUCAAAUGAAACGAAACACGAUGUUUGGAUCUAAAUGGAAUUUUAGUUCUAGUCCAAAUCGUAAUUUUAAUUCUUUUAAACCUUUAUUGAAUGAGACUGCUGAACAAGUAACUCCAGAUAUGGUUAACUCUGUGAAGACAUCUAACACCGUUGCUUACUGGUUGAUCGGUACUUCUGGUUUAGUCUUUGGUAUUGUUGUUCUUGGCGGUUUAACAAGAUUGACUGAAUCUGGUUUGUCUAUUACUGAAUGGAAACCUGUAACAGGUUCAUUACCACCAAUCGGCCAAAAGGAAUGGGAAGAAGAGUUUUUGAAAUAUAAGGAAUCCCCUGAGUUUCAACAAUUGAAUUCUCAUAUUAAUUUGGAUGAAUUCAAGUUCAUUUUCUUUAUGGAAUGGAUUCAUAGAUUAUGGGGCCGUGGUAUCGGUCUUGUCUUUAUUGCUCCUGCAGUCUAUUUUGCCGUUACCAAGAGAACUUCAGCACAUGUUAAUAAAAGACUUUUAGGUCUAACUUCUUUACUAGGUUUACAAGGUUUCUUAGGUUGGUGGAUGGUUAAGUCCGGUUUGGAUCAAGACCAAUUGAACGCAAGAAAAUCUAAACCAACUGUUUCUCAAUAUAGAUUGACCACGCAUUUGGGUGCAGCCUUCUUCUUAUACAUGGGUAUGUUAUGGACUGGUCUAGAUAUUCUUAAGGAAAACAAAUGGAUGAAGAAUCCUGAACAAGCUGGAAAAUUAUUCCAAAAGUUGAAUAAUCCAGCUUUAGGACCAAUGAGAAAGAUUGCUUUGACUCUAUUGGCUUUCUGUUUCGUGACUGCUAUGUCCGGUGGUAUGGUUGCUGGUUUGGAUGCAGGUAUGAUCUAUAAUACAUGGCCAAAGAUGGGUGCUACUUGGUUCCCAAGUGGUCGUGAAUUAAUGGACGAGAAUUUUUCACGUAGAGAUGAUAAAAAAGAUACCUGGUGGAGAAAUCUAUUGGAAAACCCAACCACAGUACAAUUGGUUCAUAGAACAUUUGCUACAGCUGCAUUCUGUGGUGUCCUUGCUGUUCAUAUGUAUGCUUUGAAGAAAAAACUUGUAAUGCCAAGAAAUGCUCAAAUGAGUGUUCAUGCACUAAUGGGUGUAGUCACUUUACAAGUUGCGUUAGGUAUCUUUACGAUCCUAUGGGUUGUUCCAACACCUCUUGCCUCAUUACAUCAAGCUGGCUCUUUAGCUCUUGUUACUACCGCAGUGAUCUUUGCUAAUCAAGUGAGAAAACCAAGAGGUAAUGUGAAAACUUUGAUCAAUAGUGGAUAUGCUCAACAAUUGUUGAAGAAAACUACUAACUCUGGAAGUAAGAUCAUGACAGAAGCCUCGAAAUUGGCAAGCAAAUAA